AUGUUUUCAACUUCUCAGUCAACCCCCGAAAAGGCCUCGAAUGAUUUGACAGUUCCAACGGUGCGGCUCGAAGGAAGUUCCGGUGUCUCUUCCAGCACCGCGCAUAUCAGCUCCAGCGAUGCCCAGAAAACCGGGCUCGCGUUCCUGAAAACCCAGGCUGGCAACACGGACGCACUCCAACCUAGUCCGGGAGACGAGCCUCUGUUCAACAUUAGCAAAGAGCCCUUUGCAUUCUCGCCGGGACAGCUGGGGAAUCUCAUCAAUCCCAAGAGCCUAGCUGCAUUCGUGGCACUAGGAGGACUGUCAGGGCUAGAGAAAGGCCUGCAAACCAAUCGCCAGGGUGGUUUAAGCGUUGAUGAGAAACACCCACCAUGCACCAUCACGUUUGAACAGGCGACUUCAGAUUUGGUGGCAGGACGUCCGGGCAGCCCACGGGAAUCCUCAACCAAUCUACAGCAGUCCGGUAUUAACCAACCUCACAGUUGUGAUGGGGGAGAUGACUGCUUCAUCGAUCGUAAGCGUGUAUUCGGGAUCAACAAAUUGCCUGACCGUAAAGCAACGUCCUUUCUACGGUUAGUGUUAAUUGCGCUUCGAGACCGAGUCUUAAUAUUGCUCAGCAUCGCCGCCGUCAUCUCGCUAGCCCUGGGGCUAUAUCAAACAUUUGGCCAGACACACGAUGAAGGUGCCAAAGUAGAGUGGGUUGAAGGCGUGGCUAUUAUCACCGCUGUCGCCAUUGUGGUCACCGUCGGUGCCUUGAACGAUUGGCAGAAGGAGCGUCAAUUCAGGAAGCUGAACGCGAAGAAGGAGGAUCGGCUUGUGAAGGUGGUCCGCUCGGGCAAGGCGGCAACGGUGUCGGUGCAUGAUGUUCUCGUGGGAGAUGUCAUGCUCGUGGAGCCGGGAGACAUGAUUCCCGUUGAUGGAGUCUUCAUCAACGGCCACAGCCUCAGCUGUGAUGAGUCGUCCGUCACAGGCGAGUCUGACUUGAUGAAGAAGAUCCCGGGAGAUGAGGUGAUGCGCUCGCUUCUACCGGAAGAGGCACCAAAUCACAAGGAACUCGACCCAUUUAUCCUCUCCGGGGCCAAAGUACUUGAUGGCGUGGGAUCCUUUCUUGUGACGGCGGUCGGCAGAAACUCGAGCCUUGGCAGAACUAUGAUGGCUCUUCGUGACGACCCCGGACUCACUCCUUUGCAGUCCAAGCUCAAUGUUUUGGCAGGCUACAUUGCAAAGCUCGGAAGUGCAGCCGGCGGUUUGCUUUUCUUGGUGCUCUUCAUCGAGUUUCUUGUUCGGCUACCUAAAGACAACCGUGGCCCAGAAGAAAAGGGACAGAGCUUCCUCCACAUCCUCAUCACCGCCAUCACCAUCAUCGUGGUUGCUGUUCCCGAAGGCUUGCCCCUGGCCGUGACGCUAUCGUUGGCGUUUGCUACUAAACGUAUGACGAAGGAGAACAAUCUCGUCCGCCAUUUGCAGUCAUGCGAGACUAUGGGAAACGCAACGGUCAUCUGUUCCGAUAAGACGGGGACUCUAACAGAGAAUGUCAUGACGGUCGUAUCAGGGGCCUUGGGAGAGGGGGGUCAAGUUCGGUUUGGUGGUAAACAAGUUCAUCGCCAAACGGAAACCAGUGUGUUGACUUCUGGAGAAGACCAGAAGACGCAUAUAGUUGGGGGAAAAUCGACCCAUGUUGAGAAAACCGAGCCAGCAGUUCAAGUCCCGAUAGGUCAGCUUUCAUCCACGCUCGACGCACAGUAUCGGGAUCUUCUCAAGACUGCGAUUGCUGUGAACACCACUGCUUUCGAGGGAGAGGAAGAGGGAAGAAAGGUCUUCAUCGGUACGAAAACGGAAACUGCUUUAUUGGAUUGGGUCCGUCGGUGUUUUGCCCUCGGCCCUCUUGAAAUAGAGCGAGCCAACCACUCAGUCAAGCAACUCUUCCCAUUUAUCUCGACCCGCAAGUGCAUGGGAGCUGUCAUCGAGCUCCCUGGAGAUGGAGAUUGCGGAGAGGUCAAUAAAUAUAGACUAUUCAUCAAGGGCGCACCGGAAAUUGUGCUGGCCCGAUGUGCGAGUACUCUCACACUCGGCAACCACACGAACGCGUUGGCAUUGACGCCUCUAACAGAUGAGCACAAGCAAGUCCUGAGCCACAUCACGUCCGGCUACGCUGUUCAGUCUUUGCGCACCCUCGCCUUCGCAUAUCGUGAUUUUCCACAGUGGCCACCCGAGACUGGUAGUGAGUCCGGCUCAAGUGAAGUAGAGCUUGACGAUGUCUUCCAAUCCGUGACCUGGAUUGGCAUCAUCGGCAUCAAGGACCCCGUCAGACAGAGUGUUCCUAAAGCUGUGGAAGACUGCCACUCUGCCUCCGUUACUGUCAAGAUGGUCACAGGCGACAACAUAGAAACUGCGAGAGCCAUUGCUAAAGAGUGCGGCAUCCUCAAGCACGGUGAGCUAGGCUUAGUGAUGGAAGGCUCAGAGUUUCAUCGACUUACCGGGUCCGAUUGUGCAGAGGCUGCCAAGGAUAUCCGUGUACUCGCAAGGGCGAGCCCUGAAGACAAACGCAUCCUUGUCAAGACGUUGAGGAGCCUUGGGGAGAUUGUUGCAGUGACUGGGGACGGAACAAACGACGCCCCGGCUCUCAAAGCGGCCGACAUUGGGUUCUCCAUGGGCAUCGCAGGCACCGAAGUAGCUAAAGAGGCUUCCGACAUCAUCCUUAUGGAUGAUAACUUCUCGUCCAUCGUCAAGGCUCUUGCAUGGGGCCGUGCUAUCAACGAUUCCGUCAAGAAGUUCCUCCAGUUUCAGCUCACCGUCAAUAUUACAGCUGUCAUCAUCACAUUCGUGUCGGCCGUUUCAGACGACGAGGGAACGCCGGUCCUAAAUGCCGUCCAGCUUCUGUGGGUAAACCUCAUCAUGGAUACCUUCGCUGCCCUCGCUCUGGCCACUGACCGGCCGACCGGAAGUCUCCUCCACCGAAAGCCCGAGCCUCGAAGCGCGUCUAUAAUCACGCUUCCCAUGUGGAAGAUGAUAAUAGGGCAGUCAAUCUUCCAGUUAAUCGUCUGCUUUGUGUUGUGGUUUGCAGGGCCCAGCUUCCUCAAUUACCCGGAACGGGAGCUCAGAACCUUCAUUUUCAACGUUUUCGUCUUCAUGCAGAUCUUCAAGUUGGUCAACAGCCGCCGUAUCGAUAAUCAGCUCAACAUAUUUGAGGGGCUACACCGCAAUUACUGGUUUAUGUUUAUGAUGUCAGUGAUGACCGCUGGCCAGCUUAUCAUCAUCUUUUUUGGCGGUGACGCCUUUGUCGUCGUCCAAAUCACCGGGACGCAAUGGGCACUCUCUGUUACCAUAGGGUUUUUCUCUAUCCCAAUUGGUGUUCUUAUCCGCCUAUUCCCUGACCCCAUCAUCGAAAGAUCGUUUCGAUCUAUCAAAGGUCACUGGCCUUCUUGGCUGCGGCUCCGCCGAAAAUCCAAGACUGGGGACGACUUGUUGCCGGUUCUCUUGGAUGCUGAGAAUUAUAGCGUCGACACCGCACUAUUUGCAAUCAGAGAUGAUCUCGCGGUAUUGGAAAAGGUGAGGAGCGGUAGUUUGUUGAAUCAACGGCGAGUCUUACCCAUGCUUUCUGCAGUAGGUAUGCCUGGUGUUGUGGCUGCGAGUGUCGGGGGCUUGCUCCCAUCAGAGCGUCUCGUGUCUCGGACGAGAGAAGGUCAGAAUGUGACCGAGCAAUAG